AACGCGUAGCCGCUCCGAUGUGAAAGGGUAUGCUGGUCUCGUGAAUCAGACUUCUUAUGUAGGCUCUCUCUUUUUUCUGUCGCUCCGGUCUACUUUUCCUUUUUCAAACUCACUUCUCAAUGUCUUGGAGACAUAAUUGCCAAGUUCUUGAGCGCAGCAUGCAGGGAUUUCAACAUGCUUGGAUAAAAAGUUUUUGACAGCUCCGAUUUCGUGAUCUAGUUCUGGGGAGUUUCGGACCUGAUCCGACUCUAGGCUACUGCUUUGCAUCCCGCAUCCUGUCAAUCAAUCGUAGACAGCAUAGUUUGGUCGUGUCAUUUCCGUAAUACAAUCCGAACACAUUUUCCCCAAAAACGGGCAACAUGACAAACUGGAGUUGGAAUAACUUUGCAUUUCUGAUUGCUUUUUAUGUCUUGUCCAUGUCCGUUGCAACGAGCAAUACAGACAAUACAGACAACACACUCCUGAAUUUACAUGACGGCAACAGCUUGAACCAGAGUGUGCUGCACAGUGCCGUCCCUGAGCCCCAACGCUAUGACACCACGGUACCUUUCCUGCUGGAAGGGCCGGAGCGCAAACCACUCAGCCAGCUCACGUCCAGGAGUUAUCCUGCCUCACUGAGGCUGGUGGUGGAGGCGGAAGGUGAAACACUGGUCCUGGCACUACAAAAAAACAAGGGCCUGUUUGCAAGUCAUUAUACUGAGACACAUUACCUGGAGGAUGGGAGUCCCGUCACUGGUGCUCACAACUCUACGAAGAACUGUUACUACCAUGGAGAAGUGGAAGGCCACGCUAACUCUGACGUCACUCUCAGCACCUGCUCUGGCCUCCGGGGUUUCAUCUCACUUGAAAAUAAGACCUUCAUCCUUGAACCAUCGUUGGACCAGGACAAUUAUACACACAUCAUUUACCGAGGGGAAAACCUCAACCUGUCCUCUGGAACCUGUGGUCAUGGCUUCAACAUGUCCUCUGUUACACCUGACAACCAUCUAAGAAGCCCUUUCAGAACAUUCAGUACCAGGCACAAGAGGCACGCUCAGAAGACUACCAAAUACGUAGAGCUGAUCAUCGUUGCAGACAACAGAGAGUUUCAGAAACAGGGGAAGGAUGUUGAGAGGGUGAAGCAGAGACUGGCAGAGAUAGCCAAUUACGUGGACAAGUUCUACAGGGUCCUGAACAUCCGCGUGGCCCUGGUGGGCCUGGAGGUAUGGAGCGACUCUGAUAAGUGUCCUGUCACUCAGGACCCCUUCAACACCCUGCAUGAGUUCCUAGACUGGAGGAAAGUCAAACUGCUGCCUACAAAAUCGCACGACAACGCUCAGCUCAUCAGUGGGGUGUACUUCCAGGGUACCACCAUUGGCAUGGCUCCCAUCAUGAGCAUGUGCACAGUGGAGCAGUCUGGAGGCAUCGUCAUGGACCAUUCGGAAAAUCCCCUGGGUGCAGCUGUGACUUUAGCACACGAGCUGGGGCACAACUUUGGCAUGAACCACGACACUCCGGAGCGGGGGUGUGGCUGCAGGAUGACAGUGGACCGUGGGGGCUGCAUCAUGACCCCCUCCACUGGGUAUCCAUUUCCUACUGUGUUCAGCACCUGCAGUAAGAAGGACCUGGCAGCCAGUCUGGAGAAGGGAGUGGGGAUGUGUCUGUACAACAUGCCUGAGGUCAAGGUGCUCUACGGGGGACAGAAGUGUGGCAACGGAUAUGUGGAGGAGGGAGAGGAGUGUGACUGUGGAGAGCUGGAGGAAUGCAUGAACCCCUGCUGCAAUGCCACCACCUGCACCCUGAAGGGAGAUGCCGUGUGUGCACACGGACAGUGCUGCGAGGACUGCAGGCUGAAGCCUGCUGGCACACCGUGUCGAGAAUCCAGUAACUCCUGUGAUCUGCCAGAGUUCUGUACUGGUGCCAACCCCCACUGCCCUGCCAACGUGUACCUGCAUGACGGGCACUCUUGCCACAAAGUGGACGGAUACUGCUACAACGGCAUCUGCCAGACCCACGAGCAGCAGUGCAUCACACUAUGGGGACCAGGAGCCAAACCUGCCCCGGGGAUCUGCUUUGAGAGGGUCAACUCGGCAGGAGAUCCUUACGGGAACUGUGGCAAGGACUCCAAAGGAUUGUUUGCCAAAUGUGAAGCCCGAGACGCAAAGUGUGGUAAAAUUCAGUGUCAAGGAGGGGCCAACCGGCCUGUGAUUGGCACCAAUGCCGUCUCCAUAGAAACCAACAUCCCUCUUCAGGAAGGAGGGAGAAUCCUGUGUCGGGGGACGCACGUUUACCUGGGUGAUGACAUGCCUGACCCUGGACUGGUUCUGGCUGGCACCACGUGUGGAGAGGGCAUGAUGUGUCUAAAUCGUCAGUGCCAUAAUGUCAGUGUGUUUGGUGUGCACCAAUGUUCAGGGAAGUGCAGCGAACGAGGGGUGUGCAACAACAAGAAGAACUGCCAUUGUGAGGAGCACUGGGCCCCUCCCUUCUGUGAGAGGGCGGGGUUUGGAGGCAGCCUCGACAGCGGACCAAUGAGACUGUCAGAUGUGCGUGUGUGUGUAUUAAUGUGCGUGUUGUCGUAUGUGACGUCAGCCGACAGCAGGGGGGUUGCCGUGGCGAUCCUGGCCACCCUCCUCAGCCUGAUGGGUGCUGGGUUCCUGGUAUUUCUCAAGAGGAAGACUCUGGUCCGUCUGCUCUUCACCAACAAGAAGACCACCAUGGAUAAACUGAGGUCUGUUGGAUCCACCAGAGCAACCAGUCCCAGCCAGACUCAGUCCAUGUACAGUUCACGACGCAAGCCCCCAGCCAAGCCCCCAGCCAAGCCCCCAGCCAAGCCUCCAGGUGCCAGCGUAUACAAGCCAUCCCACCAGAGUUUGGAGCCUCUCCUCCCUUCACACAGUUUACAUUCCCACAGCUUACGGCGGUUGCCCAACUACCAGCCCAUCCACAUCAGCCACCCCAUGCCUGUCUCCCUGAGUGUGGGACAGCAACCUCUGCCCCCAGUCCCACCCCACCACAGGGCCCUGCCGGCCCACACUGCCCUCUCCCCACCGCGGGCACCACCCUGCCACAGCCUGCCCAGACAGCAGCCCUACAGGAUAGACCAGGACCGUGAGAAGCCCAGUCCACCCCAGAAGCCCCUGCCUGCAGACCCUCUGGACAGGCGUGUUUGGGUAGAAAGCAGCACCUCGGUGGUGGGGGUCCGCCUCCCUGGACCCAUCCCUAUCCCCAUCCCCACCGUGCCCAGGACCCUGCUCACCAUUCCACAACCAAACAGGUCUAUGCUACGACCUGCACCCAUACAAUCCCAGAGACUGCCUAAGACUCAUCAUUUCGACCGCUGAUCACAAAGAAAUGGAGAUGGAAUAGUGGGGUGCUCUAUGGAUGGAGACCCAUAUUUGCACUACAAGACUCUACCAGACCUUUGCAACUUUGAAAGGGUCUCAGAGUUUUGGGAAAAGGGGACUGACUUCAAACAUUGGUGCUAUGCCUCUGAAAGGUGCUUUUGUUGUUCUCGCUCAGGUACAAAUGAACUAUUUAAUGUCUAUACCUUGUAAUUCACUAAGCAGCAGUGUUAGGGACUGGGAGUUUAUGUUCAGUUUGUCGUUAAUAAGAACUGCUUUCGCACUCCAAGGCAUCCACUCACUUCAUAACCUGCAACAGUGUCGGACUGACAUGUUGGAGAUGUCAAUUGCGGUGUGUUUCGACCACAGGUGGUUGGUUGGUGGCACCUUAAUUGAGCAGGACGGGCUUGUGGUAAUGGCUGGAGCAGAUUAAGUAGAAUGGUAUCAAAUACAUCAAACACAUGGUUUCCUUGUGUUUAAUGCCAUUCCAUUUGUUCUGUUCCACCUAUUAUUAUGAGCCGUCCUCUCCUCAGCAGCCUCCACUGGUUUCAACUAAUCCAAUUCGGUGCAAAAGCAAGGGAAUUGUUCAGAAUCGACACGUACUUGAAUUAUUGUUUGAUCUUUGCAUUCAUACAUGGUCUACAUAUCAAAUUAAAUCAAAUGCAUUUAUAUAGCCCUUCUUACAUCAGCUGAUAUCUCAAAGUGCUGUACAGAAACCCAGCCUAAAACCCCAAACAGCAAGCAAUGCAGGUGUAGAAGCACAG